AGCAGAAGCUCAGAGAAAAGCUUCACUCGGAAGAAAAACUCAGAGAUGGCGAAGUAUCCUUCUGCGAUUGAGAGAUCAGUGGCUUCGUCUCUUCUUCUCCUUUCCUAUGGACCAGUGUUCUUCUCACCUACAAGGUCGGAAUCUGUAGAGGAAUCGAGCUAUGUGAGGAAGUGGUGUGACGAAGGAAGCUCGAACCUGAGCUUGAAGUUGGGAUCUAGCGGAUCGAGAUCUUGUGGCUCGGCUUUGUCCAGCGAUGGUUCGUUUGGGAUGAGUGAGGAUCGCGGAUUCAAAAUCAAUUAUACUGGAGAUCCGUUUCAUCUCAUGAAUUUCAAGACAGCGAGAAAACGCCGAUCUCAGGUCAUUUGGGGAUCCUUCAAUUUUAAGCCAACACAUUUGAUGAUGAAUCCUGCGUGUGAUGUUCUCUCAACAUGCUCUGUUGAAUCCAAAGAUGAGUCAUGCUUGUCAACUGGUUCAAGCGAGGUUUCUAGCGUAGAAAGCAGAAUCAAAGUCAGGAAUCAGAAAAGCAAUGAGAAGCUAAGAGGAGAAGGGAAGAAGAUGAAAGAAAGUAGCAGGUCGAGUUCUAUUCGCCGUAGAGCCAAAGACAUCUUGGAGUUUCUUUCCUCUGAAUCUUCUUCCGAAGUUCAUAUCCGUCAGAUUCUUGGCGACAGUCCCGAUACCAGUAAAGCUCUCAGAAUGUUGUUGAAGAUGGAGGAAGUGAAGAGGUUUGGCACAGGAGGAAGACUUGAUCCCUUUAUUUACAAGAUUGCAUGAAAGAUUAAGACAUUAAUGCUGGAGGCAGGUAACACUUAUACCCCCCUUUCCCCACCAUCUAGUUAUAUAAAGUUUGAUCCUGAUA